AUAUUAGACAUCAUGUCCUCUCAGGAAACUGCCGAACAAGGAGGGCUACCACCAGGCUCUGUGGAACAUGGAUCCUCUAACCAACAAGAGCUGCAAGAAGAAGCAGGGCAAGCAGGAGCCGUACUGACCGCUGAUGUGCAGUGGGUGGCUGGGCAGAAUCCGGAUGGAACUGAAGCUGAUGACACAAAUGAAAGAAAGAAGAAAAUGAUGUUGAUCAGGGUAUUAUUGUUGCUACUAGUAUUGUUGGUGAUUCUGGUUAUUGCCAUUCCGCUGGCUGUUAGUGGAGGUGGACAGAAAGAUGAUCCAGCUCUGGAAGCUACCACAAUCGAUAAUUCAACGCAAGGUGAAACUUCCGAUCCAGUGCCCACACAAGUACCAACGCAACCUCCAACAAUGGAAAGUGACCUAGAUUUUGAGGUGCUUCUCCCCAAUGCAGACAAUUCUACCUUUGAAUUGAUUUCGUCCGAUCCAUCGUCACCCCAAUUCAAAGCAUUCGAAUGGUUGACAUCUGAUCCCCACCUCCGACGGUACGAAACCUGGCGACGGGAACAGAGAUUUGCUUUGGCUACAUGUUUCCAUGCAUUCGGUGCCCCACGCUUUUGGACAUGGCUGAACUAUGAAAUAGAGGAGUGUGAAUGGGGUGAGAAUGUUAACAAAAUACACAUUCAUUGCGAUGAUGCUGGUCGUGUCAGGCGAAUUGUUGUGGGAAGAGCCGUGGACAGAGACAUUGUUGUUUUUCGUGGAUCCAUCCCACCAGAGCUCUCAUUGAUCCGUCAUUUGGAAGCAUUGGAAUUGUCGCAUAAUCACCAAAAGGAACUCAUAUUGAGUUGGCUACCACCAAGUUUAUCCGAGUCCUUUCCGAACCUAACAAAGAUUGCCUGCAAUGAUUGCCAACUCCAAGGAACCCUCCCGCCAGAGCUCUUUAAUUGGACCAAUGUCCAAUCCUUGCUAUUGGGAUCGAAUUGGAUUACUGGUACCAUACCUCCGGAAAUCCAAAGAAUGACCCAACUUCAGGAACUCUGGCUGUAUAGGCAAAGAGAACUCAAGGGAACAAUUCCCGUAGAGUUGACUCAGCUGCAGCAGCUUCAAGUCCUGUUAUUGGCACGCAACGUUUUGGUGGGAAACGUUCCUUCUGAGUUUGGUUUGUUUACGUUACUGACACACUUGAGCUUGGAGACGAACCGGAUUUCAGGCAGCCUUCCAACUGAGCUUGGAUCACUGUCAGGACUUCAAAGGCUCUAUCUUCAUAACAACAAAUUUUCAGGAACAGUUCCGGUAGAGUUGACUCAGCUGUCCGAGCUUCAAGAUUUGGCUUUGGCAAUGAACAUGUUGUCCGGAGCAGUCCCUUCCGAGUUUGGCUUGAUGACAGCUUUGUCGCGUCUGACCUUGUCUGACAACCGGAGGAUGUCGGGCAGCCUUCCUACUGAACUUGGAUUAAUGACAGCCUUGGGUGCCUUGAACAUCAGUUUCACUUCAAUAUCAGGUGAUAUUCCAUCGGAGCUGGGGUUGCUGACAUCAUUGACUCUUUUGGCCUUGCAUGACAGCAAUUUAUCGGGAAUGGUGCCAAGCAGUCUUUGUUCCAACCCAGACUUGUUGCAGAUCCGAGUUGAUUGUGAUUCAGUGGAUUGCACCUGCAGUCAAUGUAAUUGCACAGCAACUCAGUAGCAUUGUCUUUCAACCCCUGAGUGAAUCCUUUUCUGACAUGGUAAAAGUUUUGAAAUUGUCCCAACCUGUACUAGCUAGCUAGUACUCAAAGAGCUACCGGUGGCCUUUCCUGGCAGCCGUUCCCGACCACUCUAUAGUUCUUUUCAAUCAAGCUACACGAUCCCUCAUAGCUAGCUACCAUAGUUGCUGGGCGGGUAGCUAUCUCACCGGCAGAUAGAUAGGAGAGUGCGGCUUCUAAAGUGAUGGACUUGUCCGCAGCUGUGACGAAGUCAUGAUGUGGUGGUUUCCGUCAGGAGGGUUAGGAAUAAGGGAUGACCUCAUCGGCAAGAAAGAUCUUUGACCAAUGAGGAAGCAUUAUCGAGACGACGUGGCCGAAAUGGGGCGAUUGAUCUGUUGAAGCA